AUGUCUGUCGUUUCACUCCUCGGGGUGAAAAACCUCAACAACCCGGCUCCUUUCACCGCCUCUUAUCAAUUCGAAAUCACCUUCGAAUGUCUAGAGCAACUCCAGAAGGAUCUGGAAUGGAAACUUACCUACGUCGGAUCCGCCACCUCCUCCGAGUAUGACCAAGAACUCGACUCUUUAUUGGUCGGUCCCAUACCGGUCGGAGUGAACAAGUUCAUCUUCGAGGCCGAUGCGCCUGAUGUUAAGCGCAUCCCCACCUCAGAGAUGCUGGGUGUUACCGUCAUCCUCCUCACAUGUAGCUACGAUGGCAGAGAGUUCGUUCGGGUCGGCUACUACGUGAACAACGAGUACGACAGCGAGGAACUGGCAGCUGAGCCUCCUGCGAAGCCUAUUAUCGAGCGCAUCCGACGCAAUGUCCUCGCCGAGAAGCCCCGUGUGACCCGCUUUGCAAUCAAAUGGGACUCUGAUGACUCUGCCCCCGCCGAGUACCCACCUGAUCAGCCUGAGGCCGAUGGUCUUGAGGAUGACAGCGGUGCCUACGGUGCCGAGGAGCGCGAGCUUGAAGCUGCGCUCCUCAAGGAGUUGGAGGAAUCCAACAAGCCCGCUGAUGGCGAGGAUCACGAGAUGGAAGGCGCGGAAGCUCCUGCUGGCAAGGAGGAUGAAGACGAAGAUGAGGUCUCUGAUGCCGAGAGUGAAGAUCUCGAGGCCGAGAGCGAUGAUGAUGAGGAAGACCUUGACGAGGAGGAGGGCGGCGAUGGAGAUGAGGAUGUUGAGAUGGGUGAUGACGCCGAAAAGGAUGAAUCGUCUGCUAAGCCAGCUCACCCGGCUCAACCCGAGGUCAUGGUGCACUAG